ACAUCUAGCCUAUAAAAGUCCUUGUCAAAAGCUUCUGAGGAAUCAACACUGGGCGAACACAAUGCUCUUAAAGACUGCUAUCAAUUCGGCAUCUUCAUCCUCCUGGACACAUCUUGGGGACCUCAGGCUACAAUCUCACCAUGCAUCUUCAUAGCUGGUCAUAUCCCCCUGGCUGCUUGUGCGUCAUCAAUACAAUCAAAAAUCCGCCUCUUUCCUCAACUAAUAAAAUUUUCUGCAAAGAAGAUUGCAGAGAUUGCACCUACGAGAAUUUGUCCAUCUAGUUGUUAAAAAAAGUUGAUGCAUCUUAUACCUUGCACGUGCCUAACCAAAGGUAUCAACCACUGAUUUCGCCCAAAGAUUCGAGCUGUCUCUACUCUCGAACCUCUCUGCCACCUUUACUUCCUCCCACUUCUCUCCCACGCCGGCUCGCUAAUGUUACUUCCAAACUAAGUAUCCAUCACUUACAUAAACCACAAGCAGACAAACCCAAAGAACGCAGCCACCACAAAAACCACAGAUGGAAAUAAUAUCUCCCCUCUCCUCCCCGUCACUCCUCCUCCUCUACUCCCUUCUUCUGUCCGCCGCCGCCGCCGCCGCCGCCUCCUCCGGCGACGACUCCACCUUGGUCUACGCCGCCUGCUCCAACCUCAAGUAUGAUCCGAACUCCCCCUACCAGUCCAACCUCAACUCCCUACUCGCCUCCUUCGCCAACGCCGCCGCCCUCUCCACUUACUCGAACUUCUCCUCCUCCUUCGCCGGCUCCGUCGCCCCCAUCCUCGGCCUCUACCAGUGCCGCAGUGACCUAUCUCUCCCCGACUGCGCCUCCUGCGUCCGCUCCGCCCUCCCCCAACUCUCCGCCCUCUGCCCCUCCGCCACCGCAGCCACCCUCCAGCUCCGCGCCUGCUUCCUCCGCUACGGCAACGACUCCUUCCUCGGCCGCCCCGACAACUCGCUCGCCUUCAAGCGCUGCGGCCCCGCCGCCACCUCGGACCACACCUCCACCAUGAGCGACAUGGCUCUCUCCUCCCUGGCCGCGCCGGGUGAGGCGGUGGGGCCGUUCCGUCUCGGCGUUGCCGGGCACGUGCGCGGGGCGGCGCAGUGCGUCGGGGACUUGAGCCCGGAGGACUGCGGCACGUGCCUCGCCGACGCCGUCGGGCAGCUGAGGGCGGACUGCGACGACGCCGAGUCAGGGGACCUGUACUUGGGGAAGUGUUACGCGAGGUUCUGGUCCGGAGAGGGUGAUGACUCGUCUUCGGCUCACCGGCGGUGGCUGUACCGGGCUCUGUGGCUCCUUUCCGGUGUGGCGGUGGCGAACAUCUAGUUUACUCGAGCGCUUUCUAAAGUUGAGAUGGGCUCUUGCUAGCCGCUAUUAAACGACGAGCUUGAGGUGGCUUUGUGUGGUUUGGUUGUGUUUGGUCUUGCGAUUGUACACUUCUCCUUUUUGGACCUUUGCUUGUGUGCUAUGCUGUACAUAAUACGAAAUCGGUGUCUCCUUUGAUGGGUUCA